UUUCCAUAAAAGAAAACCACACACAAUUCAGAGCUUCAAAAAGCUCUCAUCAAUGGCGGUUUCACUUGCAAUUGGGCUGAGGAGUGCGUUCAUGGUGUUGGGAUGUGUCACUGCCGCCACUGUUAUUUACACCGUUGCCACUGAUGGAUCCCCUUUCCGCAAAGAACUCCUCACCCCGUGGAUGGUAGCAACUCUGAUUGAUUUCUAUAUCAUUAUCCUAGCAAUAGCGGCGUGGAUUGUGUACAAAGAAUCAAACUGGAUUCGUUCGUUGAUUUGGAUAGUUUUGCUUAUAUGUUUUGGAAGCGUUACUGCAUGCGGAUACAUUGUUAUGCAGUUCCUAAAGCUUUCUCCACAAGAAUCACUACAAGAUCCUAUUUACUUUGUUUUACUGAAAAACACGAAAAAGGAUGGGACAGAAUCGAAGAGUAUAAUAUCUGUUGUAGUUGCAAGGGUUAUUUUCAGUUUAUUGGGUUGUGUUAUGCUGGGCACGUUGAUUUACACUAUUGCCACUGAUGGAUCUCCGUUUCGUCGAGAGCUUUUGACUCCGUGGAUGAUAGCUACACUCGUCGAUUUCUACGUUAACAUUAUUGCUUUAUCGGUUUGGGUGGUAUAUAAAGAAUCUAAUUAUAAAACCGCAGCACUUUGGAUCGUUUUGUUCAUCUGCUUCGGAAGUGUGAGCGUGUGUGCCUACAUCGUCGUACAAUUUUUCCAUCUCGCAUCUCAAGAUCCCGUUUAUCUCGUUCUUUUCAGCAGCAGUAGCAGGGCAGUAAAUGGCCGUGAAGGAGGGUGGUUAAUUGCAUGAGAAUUUGUGUACAAAAUAUUUGAAGACGAGUGAAAGUUGUUCGUUCGUCUCGAAUUUUGAAGUUCGACUUUUGUGUAUGUGUAAGAACGAAUUGUUCAGAUAUAGGGUUUGUUCUAUAUGAUAUAUCGGUGACGUUCAUCGGGUAAUUUAUGUAACUGUAAACAUGCUAAUAUUUAUACACAAUUUACGUACAUCUACGACAA